GUCACUUUUCUCCCAAUUCUUCUGCUUUUCUUCUCUUUUAUUUAUUUUUUCGUUACUCCCCCUUUUUCUCUCCUUCCCUAUGAAUCUUGGUGAAUCUUUUCCUCACGCUGAUAAGGUCUGAAGUAGCAAUCAAAAAGAAAAGUAAAAUAUUCUCACACUUCCCAGAAGGAAGCAGGAAGUCUUUUUGUCUUAUCUAGAGACUCAUCAUUCGUCAAACGGACAGAAGUUCAGGAGCUUCAGUGGACUUUUCUGUGGUGUUCUGCUGAGAGUAAAAUGGCAGCGUCUCUGUUCCGAGAUAGAGAUCAGUACAACUGCUCAGUGUGUUUGGAUCUGAUGAAUGAUCCGGUGACGAUUCCCUGUGGACACUCUUACUGCAGGAGCUGCAUUAAACACUACUGGGACCGAGAUGAAUCCAGGAGAGCUCGAUGUCCUCAGUGCAGACAGGACUUUCCUACAACACCUGCACUCAACAAAAACACAAUGCUGGCUGAAAUCCUGGAGAUGCUGAGGAACACCACGCUUCAGGGUUCUCCUCCUUCUCCUCCAGCUCAGAGUUCUGCUCAGCCUGGAGAAGUUGAGUGUGAUUUCUGCACUGAUGUAAAGCUCAGAGCGGUGAGAUCAUGCCUGGAGUGCCGAGCGUCGUACUGUGAAACGCAUCUCCAGCCUCACUACGACUUUCCGGCUCUUAGGAAACACAAGUUAGUCGUCGCCGCCGAAAUACUGACGUGUCCGAGACACGAUAAACUGCUGGAAGCUUUCUGUCGCACCGACAACAUCUUAAUCUGUAUGAGCUGUGUAAUGGACGAGCACAAAGGCCACGACACGGUUUCAUCUGCAGCAGAAAGAGACGAGAAACAAAUCAUACUUCAGGAUUAUAAAAGCACAUUUGUGGAGAGACGCGAAGAAAAAGAGAAGGAGCUUCACGAUCUGCUAAGUACCCUUGAGGCUCAUGAACAGUCUGCACAGCAGGCAGUGGAGGAUACGGAGCUAGCCUUUAGCUCGCUAGUCACUUCCCUUGAGAAAAGCUGCUCUGAGGUGACCGAGAGAAUCAGAGCUCAGGUGGAGAUGGACAGGAAUCGAGUUGCAGAUCUUCAGGAACAGCUGGAGCUUGAAAUCGCUAUGCUGAUGGGGCAGGAAGAACUCAUGGACAAGUUUUUACAGACAGAGGAUAAUGUCUACUUCCUUCAGAACUUCGAGAGCAUGGCCAGUCCCUCUGGAGAUGAAGAGUCAGACGCUCUGACUUUUGAGCCGCUCGUCUCUUUUAGUGACGUGAGCAGCAUGGUUUCUGAGUUUAAAGAGAAACUGGAGAUUUUCUCCAAGCAGACAGUGGACAACAUGUUUGCAAACUUCCAUAUCGGGGUCGGUGACAGAGUUCGGGUGAGAUCUUCUGUGAACACACCUAAAUUUCAGUGGGGUCCUAUAACACACGAGAGUGUAGGCGUCGUCAUGUCCAUAAGUGAGGAAAUUGUGAUCGUUGCCUUCCCGGAGCACGAAAACUGGAAAGGACUCCUGUCUGAGAUGGAGCGCGUAACUGCUGCUGAUGAAUCUGCCAUAAGUGAUGAAACUGGGAUCGUCGACGUCCCGGAACAUGAAAACUGGGACGGACUCCUGUCCGAGGUGGAGAGCGCAACUGCUUCUGAUGAAUCUGGAACUUCUGCUCAGCAGAGGAAAGUGACGCCGUAUGUUAAAUAUAUAAAACGCAACUGGGGAAAGGUGAGUGAAGUGUGGGCGUGGUCAGGAGCAAGGCUUUUGAUUGACACAUCUCUGAAGCUGUACUGUGGACAUGCUGCAUUCUUAUUGUGUGCCUUCAUGCUUUGCUAUACAUAUAAAAUCUUUUUUUUUUUCCGUAACAGGUCUUGGGGAAGAAAUGAAUGUGGACUUCCCGGAACGUUCUGACGAUGGAUAGGCGUCGUCUCCGAGAGGGAAAUUGUGUCCUUAAUUAUUCAAGAUUUGUGUUCAUAUUGAGACCAUAGAGUUAUAUUUGUAUAUUAUAAAUCGAUCUGAUUUUUCUAAAAGUGGUGUUGAUACAAGAGAUACACUCUCCGGUCACUUUAUUAGGAACGCCUGUACACCUGCACAUUCAUGCAGUAAAUAUUUCUUCAUUCUGAUGUUUGAUGUGAACAUUAGCUGAAGCUCUGGACCUGUAUCUCUAUGAUGUGGUGCUGCCGCAUGAUUGGCUGAUUAAAUUAAAAUAUUGUGAUGCCUGUGACUUUAACCGUGGUGUGGAUGUUGGAGCCAGACGGGCUGGGAAGUGACAGUAAUAUCAGAUGGAGUGUGUUUCACAAUCAUUUUAUAACCCUUCCUCGCAGUACACUGGCGUUCCAUUCCACUUGAGGAACGGAAAUCGACUUCUUCAAUCAGGAUUAACAAAUAAAUCAUUUUAUCACCGCAAGUCUGUUAGAAGAUGAGUCGGCACACUGUUGGGUUUCUGUGUGUAGAGUAGCGUGACUCUGUGUUUAGCUGCUGGUGAGCAGGGCUAAACCUAGUAGGCUAGGUAAAAAAAAAAAACUGUUUACUUUCACAUGAGCCAUUAAACAGUACUGUGGAGUGUGACAUCACAAAUAAAUUCAACUCUGAACAUGGGCACAAAUUUCUUUUUUUUUUGUAGCUUCUGGUAAAGAGUUAAUAAACUGUAUGCUGUAGUGUAACUGUACUGAUAGUGAAAAUGUCAUCAUGCAGUUCUGCGACAAUUUGUGCCGUUCACGGCUGUACUAACAAUCAGACUAAACUAAACCAACGGCCGAUACGGCUGAUCAAAACAGGCACGCUCCUGUCAGUGAUGGAUCAUUUUUAAUAAAUCAUCUAGCAAAAGACGAGGAGCAAAGUAGGACACUGCUGAAGAAUCUAAACUGAAAGAGUCCUCGAAAAACACUGUGUGAUUAUUGAUGAAAUAAACGUACAAAUCAGUUGUGUGUGUGUGUGUGUGUGUGUUUACUGUGUGUGUGUGUGUGUGUUUACCGUGUUGUGUGUGUGUGUGUGUGUUUACUGUGUGUGUGUGUGUGUGUGUGUUUACCGUGUUGUGUAUGUGUGUGUGUGUGUGUGUGUUUACCGUGUUGUGUGUGUGUUUACCGUGUUGUGUGUGUGUGUGUGUGUGUGUGUGUGUGUUUACCGUGUUGUGUGUGUGUGUGUGUGUGUGUGUGUUUACUGUGUUGUGUGUGUGUUUGUCAACUCGACUCAGUAUAUUAUUUAAAAAAUACAAUAAGAAAAGUUACUUCUUUCUUAGACCUUAAUCGACAUCAGUGUUUAUGAUGUACACAGUAAACGUGUCAGAUUUUAAGGAAAAGGGGAAAAAAUAGGACAAAAGAUAAACUGAAGAGCUCUUACUAACCCCCACCACGGCACAUCCUGCACUCUGUAAUGCUGCUAUGAGGAACU